AUCGAGAGCAAAACCUCACAAUCUCACCUCGAAGCUCAGACCAAAUUCUUGAAAUUGCCAAUCUUCCGAGCCAUAACCCCCCUUUCCUCGGCAGACCCUUCAUCUGCAACUGCACGGCCGCCGGUUCGCCGAGGAGUCGAAUUCAUGGGCAAAGACGACGACGAGAUGAGGGGCGAGGUAGAGGAGAGGCAAAUCAACGAGGAGUACAAGAUUUGGAAGAAGAACACCCCGUUUCUAUAUGAUCUGGUUAUCACCCACGCGCUUGAGUGGCCGUCGCUUACGGUGGAAUGGCUCCCCGACAGGGAAGAGCGCGCUGGGAAGGAUUAUUCUGUCCAAAAGGUUAUUCUUGGGACGCACACUUCGGAGAAUGAGCCGAAUUACCUUAUGAUCGCCACUGUCCACCUCCCGCUCGAGGAUGCUGAAAAUGAUGCCCGCCAUUAUGAUGAUGAUAGGUCUGAUUUCGGUGGGUUCGGCUGUGCCAGUGGAAAGGUACAAAUAACCCAGCAAAUAAAUCACGAAGGAGAAGUGAACCGGGCCCGUUACAUGCCUCAAAACCCAUUUAUCAUUGCCACCAAGACAGUCAAUGCCGAAGUCUAUGUUUUCGAUUAUAGCAAGCAUCCAUCAAAGCCUCCACUAGAUGGUGCAUGCAACCCUGAUUUGAGACUACGGGGUCAUACCACUGAAGGGUACGGUUUAUCAUGGAGUCAGUUUAAGCAGGGUCAUUUGUUAAGUGGAUCGGAUGAUGCUCAGAUUUGCUUGUGGGAUGUCAAUGCCACUCCAAAAAACAAGGCCCUUGAUGCCAUGCAGAUUUUUAAGAUUCACGAGGGAGUUGUUGAGGAUGUAGCAUGGCAUAUGAGGCACGAGUAUUUAUUCGGGUCGGUUGGAGACGAUCAAUACCUACACAUAUGGGAUCUCCGCUCCCCAUCUGUCACGAAGCCUAUGCAAUCUGUAGUUGCUCAUAAUGGAGAGGUUAACUGCUUGGCAUUCAAUCCAUUCAAUGAGUGGGUUGUAGCAACCGGAUCCACUGACAAGACAGUCAAAUUGUUUGACCUGCGCAAGAUUACUUCUGCACUCCAUACCUUUGAUAGCCACAAGGAGGAGGUGUUCCAGGUUGCGUGGAAUCCAAAGAACGAGACCAUCUUAGGUUCUUGUUGCCUUGGCAGGAGGCUCAUGGUCUGGGAUCUUAGCAGAAUUGACGAAGAACAAACACCAGAGGAUGCAGAAGAUGGACCGCCCGAGCUCCUCUUCAUUCAUGGAGGGCAUACAAGUAAAAUUUCAGACUUCUCGUGGAAUCCGUGUGAGGAUUGGGUCAUCGCCAGCGUGGCUGAAGACAAUAUACUGCAAAUCUGGCAGAUGGCCGAGAACAUUUACCAUGAUGAUGAUGAUCUUGCUGGAGAUGAUGCCACCAAAGCUCCCUAGUUCCGAGACAAUGCUUCUUAUCCCCCCCCCUGCCGAAAAUCUCUAAAGCUCCUAUUUGCAAAUAGUCGUACGAAUCAAGAAAACCCAGUCUUUUACUCUGCAUUUAUCUGGUUUCAAGUUGAAAGGCAAUGACUCUCAAGGGAGCGAGGGCAGUUCUUGUUCUGUGUACUCAUGUGUAUCUUUCCUCAAGGCUAUUCCAUUAAUCAAACUCUACUAUGGUUAACUUAUUUCUGUUUCAGUUGUCUUCUUGAUUAUAUAUAAUAUAUGUGUCUGUUCUUG